UUAACAGCGAACGAGAAGAAGAAGAGAGCGAAGAAGAAGAGUUGUUCUUUUCUAGGGUUUCCCUCUUCCGCUCUCCGCUCUCUAGAGGAAUGGCGUGGAGAUCUCUCGGCAAAUUCGUGUCCCAAUCCCUCUCCGUCGGUGGCCGGUGGCAGCAGCAGCAGCUCCGCCGACUCAACAUUCAUGAGUACCAGGGUGCUGAAUUGAUGGGCAAGUAUGGGAUUAAUGUCCCUAAGGGAGUGGCUGUGGCAUCAGUUGAGGAGGCAAAGGAGGCUGUUCAGCGGGUUUUUCCUAAUGAAAAGGAGGUAGUUGUCAAAAGCCAAAUUCUUGCCGGUGGCAGAGGUUUGGGAACCUUCAAAAGUGGGCUAAAGGGCGGUGUUCAUAUUGUGAAAGCUGAAGAGGUGGAAUCUCUAGCUGGAAAAAUGCUUGGCCAGAUUCUUGUCACCAAGCAAACUGGUCCACAAGGAAAAGUUGUGAGCAAGGUGUACUUAUGUGAGAAGUUGUCCCUUGUUAAUGAAAUGUACUUCGCAAUUACACUUGAUCGCACAACUGCUGGUCCGAUUAUCAUAGCCUGUAGAAAGGGAGGAACUAGCAUUGAAGAUCUUGCAGAAAAGUACCCUGAUAUGAUAGCCAAGGUGCCUAUUGAUGUUUUUAAAGGAAUCACAGAUAAAGAUGCUGCUAAAGUUGUUGAUGGUUUGGCACCAAAGGCUGUUGAUAGGAAUGCUUCAAUGGAACAAAUUAAGAAGCUGUACAAACUAUUUUGUGAAUGUGAUUGUACAUUGUUGGAGAUAAAUCCGCUUGCUGAAACCGCUGAUAACCAGCUAGUGGCAGCAGAUGCCAAGUUGAACUUUGAUGACAAUGCUGCUUUUCGGCAAAAGGAAGUAUUUGCUCUCCGUGAUCCAUCCCAAGAGGACCCUAGAGAGGUUGCUGCUGCAAAAGCAGAUUUGAACUAUAUUGGCCUGGAUGGAGAAAUCGGAUGCAUGGUGAAUGGUGCAGGAUUGGCUAUGGCUACAAUGGAUAUAAUAAAGUUGCAUGGUGGUACCCCUGCUAAUUUUCUAGAUGUUGGUGGAAAUGCUUCAGAAGGCCAGGUUGUGGAAGCAUUUAAAAUAUUAACAUCUGAUGAUAAGGUGAAGGCAAUCUUAGUCAACAUAUUUGGAGGAAUCAUGAAAUGUGAUGUGAUUGCAAGUGGAAUUGUCAAUGCUGCAAAGCUGGUUUCUUUGAAAGUACCUGUUGUUGUUCGUUUAGAAGGCACCAAUGUCGAGCAAGGGAAGAGAAUUCUCAAGGAAAGCGGAAUGACUUUGAUAACUGCCGAAGAUUUGGAUGAUGCAGCAGAGAAAGCAGUAAAAGCUGCCGCACAAUAGGCAUCCCGACACCAUUCCCGGUUCUUUCAUUUCGAUGAGUUCCCCAAUUGUGUGAUGAUUUAAUACGAGAUUCACUUCUCACAAUAAAGUCAUUCGGUUUAUCACCGUAUCGGCUUAACAAUUUUGCACUGCAACUUGCUUCAUGUUUAUUGACAAGACAAUUGUUUGUGUAUUUCUCAAUGUUUUAGUAUACUAUUCAAUCUACAAGUGAAAUUUAUCCAUGCUCUGUUUCCUGGUUCAUUGCAAUCAAGACUUGGGAAUAGUUUUUUCAUUCACAAAUGAUACUUAGUUCAGAGUUUGAACAUCA